AUGCAUUUCGAGUUUUUGGGGAGUUCUUCUCCCUCCUCUUCCUUGAACUCUGUUACCUCUCUCAAACCAAAUAUGGCCGCUUUUAGCUUUAUAGCUCCGCCGCUGUGCCCUUACACUCCCUUCCGCCGGCCGGGUCUUGGCAAUCACUCGGUUUCUUGCUGUAUUGGUUCCCCGACGAAGAUAGGCAGCCGUGUGUCCAAGGCACCACGCAAAAGAUUGAGGAGAACAGAAGGGGCAGGGAAAAGUAUGGAAGACUCAGUUCAACGCAAAAUGGAACAGUUCUAUGAAGGAUCUGAUGGUCCACCACUACGUAUUGUUCCGAUUGGUGGACUGGGUGAGAUUGGAAUGAAUUGCAUGCUAGUUGGGAAUUACGACCGCUAUAUUCUAAUUGACGCUGGUGUUAUGUUCCCUGACCACGAUGAGCUUGGAGUUCAAAAGAUUUUACCAGACACCACUUUCAUAAAAAAAUGGAGCCACAAAAUUGAAGCAGUUGUGAUAACGCAUGGGCAUGAAGAUCACAUCGGUGCUUUGCCAUGGGUGAUACCAGCUUUGGAUUCACAUACCCCAAUAUAUGCAUCAUCCUUUACAAUGGAGCUUAUCAAAAAGCGUCUGAAGGAGCACGGAAUCUUUCUUCCAUCCAGACUAAAAGUUUUCAGAACAAGGAGGAGAUUUACUGCUGGGCCUUUUGAAAUAGAGCCUAUUACCGUUACCCACUCAAUUCCUGAUUGUAGUGGCCUCAUUCUUCGUUGCUCUGAUGGUAUAAUACUUCAUACAGGCGAUUGGAAGAUUGAUGAAUCACCAUUGGAUGGCAAACCAUUUGAUCGUGAAGCUCUUGAAGAACUCUCGAAGGAAGGAGUGACUUUGAUGAUGAGUGAUUCAACAAAUGUGCUGUCCCCGGGAAGGACAAUGAGUGAAACCGUUGUAGCAGAUUCACUGUUGAGACGUAUUUCAUCUGCUAAAGGAAGGGUUAUCACUACUCAGUUCGCAUCGAAUAUUUUUCGACUGGGAAGUGUAAAAGCUGCUGCUGAUUUGACUGGCAGAAAACUUGUCUUUGUUGGCAUGUCCUUAAGGACUUAUUUGGAUGCCGCUUGGAAGGAUGGAAAGGCACCAAUUGAUCCAUCCACUCUGGUGAAAGUAGAAGAUAUAGAUGGAUAUGCUCCCAAGGAUUUACUGAUUGUUACAACUGGAUCACAAGCAGAACCACGUGCUGCAUUAAAUCUUGCUUCAUAUGGAGGCAGCCAUGCUUUGAAACUAAAUAAGGAAGAUAUAAUACUUUAUUCAGCUAAGGUAAUCCCUGGUAACGAAUCCAGAGUAAUGAAAAUGAUGAAUCGCAUAUCAGAAAUCGGGUCAACCAUAGUAAUGGGUAGAAAUGAGCUAUUGCAUACCUCUGGCCAUGGGUAUCGUGGAGAGCUGGAGGAGGUACUUAAAAUAGUAAAACCACAGCAUUUUCUCCCCAUACAUGGAGAACUCUUGUUCUUGAAAGAGCAUGAAUUGCUUGGAAAGUCGACUGGAGUUCACCAUACCACUGUUAUAAAAAAUGGAGAGAUGCUCGGGGUAUCACACUUGAGAAACAGAAGAGUGCUAUCUAAUGGCUUUAUAUCUCUUGGGAAGGAGAAUUUGCAGCUGAUGUAUAGUGAUGGUGAUAAAGCAUUCGGCACAUCAACUGAGCUGUGUGUUGAUGAGAGGCUAAGAAUGGCCACGGAUGGAAUUAUAGUGGUCAGUAUGGAAAUCUUACGACCUCAGGGCGUAGAUGGUGUCAGCGAAAGUAAUAACAUAAAGGGGAAAAUAAGAAUCACAACACGGUGCUUGUGGCUGGACAAAGGGAAGCUUUUAGAUGCACUCCACAAAGCUGCCCAUGCUGCCCUUUCGAGUUGUCCUGUUAACUGUCCUCUAGCACACAUGGAAAGAAUCGUUUCCGAGGUAUUAAGGAAGAUGGUGAGAAAGUACAGCGGGAAAAGGCCUGAGGUAAUUGUCAUUGCCAUGGAAAACCCAGCAGGGGUUCUUUCUGAAGAGUUGUCUGCAAAGUUAGCUGGUAAGUCAUCGCAAAUGGGUUUCGGGAUAUCAGCAUUGAGAAAGGUUAUUGACAGACAUCCCAAAAGAGACAAGAAGGAGAGACAAACCGAAGAUGAAAAUGGCUAUGGUCAUUUGGAAGACACAGGGCGAGAGGAGUUGGAAGUUGAUGGAAGGCUACUACCUGAAGAAGAUGGCACUUCUUCAACUUCGAGAUCAAUCGAGAGCCUUGAGAGUGCAGCCGAGGAUGGAGAUGAUUUUUGGCGUUCAUUUAUGUCAUCAUCACCUGACACUGUUGAUGACAUGGUCAACAGAAAUAAAAAACCUGUGGUACGACAGCAAGAUAAUCUGAGAGUGGCUAAAGAGGACAGCGGUAAUAAUGAUGAUAGUGAAGAUGACUCUGAUGACGAUGAUCAGAAAAACAGAAGAAAACCAUCCUCCUCCAAGUCUAUGAAGCGAAAUAAGUGGAAACCCGAUGAGAUCACGAAACUAAUCGAAAUGAGAGGGAAAUUGCAUGCUAAGUUUCAAACUGUAAAGGGAAGAAUGGCUCUGUGGGAAGAGAUAUCCAAUGGCUUGAUGGUGGAAGGGAUCGACCGGAGUCCGGGUCAAUGCAAAUCACUGUGGGCAUCUCUCGUUCAAAAAUAUGAGGAAAGCAAAAGCGAGUCAAGUAGAAAAGGAUGGCCAUAUUUUGAACAAGUAGACGACAUUCUGUCUGAUCAUGAGCCAACCGCCACUGCCACGAAAUGA